AUGGCAGAAGCGAAUGGACCUGUGAAGCAUGUACUUCUCGCCAAGUUCAAAGAUGACGUCAGCCCAGAGAAAAUCGAAGAACUCAUCAAUGGCUACGCCAAUCUCGUCAAUCUCAUCGAACCUAUGAAAGCUUUCCACUGGGGAAAAGAUGUGAGCAUUGAGAAUCUGCAUCAAGGUUUCACACACAUCUUUGAAUCAUCAUUCGACAGCAAGGAAGCUGUAGCUGAGUACAUUGCUCAUCCUGAUCACGUCAAAUUCGCCAACUUGUUCUUAGGCAGCUUGGAUAAAGUUUUGGUUAUCGACUACAAGCCUACCUCUGUGUCUCUCUAA